GCAGUUUUGGUGCACUGUCUUGCCGGGGUAAGUCGAAGCGUCUGUGUUGUUGCGGCGUACUUGAUAGUGACCUGUGAACUGACCUAUGCGGCUGCCAUGUCCUACAUUACCAGCAAACGACCUUGUGCAAAUCCGAAUUUUGGCUUCCGCAUGCAACUGGCCGAAUAUCAGAAGAAGGGAUGCACAGAACGACUUGUGAUCAGUAAUCACUUCGAUUCUCAAAAAAUGGAUGAACUAAAACAGAAUGAUAUGCGAAUUUUACUGGAUUAUCCUGCCACAAUGCUUCCCAGUGCUGAUCUUUCCAAUUCUUCCUCUGAUAAUUCACAUGACGGGUUCACCACUUAUGCAAGAUCUUGCACUUCUGUCCGUGGAUCUCAAAAUAAUAACACAGCCAGAACACUACUCAAUACAAGUGAUAUCAGUUUUAUUGAUCAGUGA